AUGGUUUUGGAUGACAUUCGUUUUGGAGCUGGUGUCCUUGUACUUUCUCCUGCCCUUUUGUGCCCUUUUGUGGCUUCUGCAGCAGCUCAAAACCACCAGUUGGCGGACGGCGUGUUGAUCUGCGCGAUGGAGGAAGUGACCGACUUGGAGCUCUGGGCCAACCGGAUUGCGGACUUUCUGAUCGACAUGCGCCUCAGCUAUGCCAUCAUUUUGUGCAGCAUUCUGAACAUGGCCCGUGUGCAUAUUGAAGCAAGAGCGCAGAGAAUUGCAUUCUGGCAACAUCUUUCAGAGCGGCACCAAAAAACCGUGGUGGGCAGUGAGCUGCGUCUUUGGACUUCUCCCAUCCUUCUCAGCGGGGUGAUUGUUCUCAUGAUCUUGGUCGUGGCAGACAAUGAUUUGAGCCACUUCUGGGUGUGCACAUGUUUGAUUAUUGCUGGUGCUGCGGACCUGAUCGAUUGGAUCGGUCGUUGGCCUGCACUGCCAUUUGACCUUUGGUAUCAUCACAUGGGCGUUCUCUUGCUUUUGGUGCAGUUCGGAGACUUUGGCGCAAGAGGCCAGUGGCAAAUUGUCUGGUUGGGGGUCGGUGUUGGACUGCAGAGCAUUGCCAACCAUAUGUCGGCCCGUGUGUACUACUCACCUGACGUUGCCACAAUGCAAGUAGGAGUGCGCUGGCAGCAUGCUAUGAUUCCUGUCAAGGUGCUCAACAUGGCUGCACUUUUUUGGCGUAUCUACAAGGGAUUUGAGGACAAAACUCUGCUGUUCGCAGCACUGCGCUCCGCGAUGCUCUUUGGCUAUGCCUACACCGCUGUGCACGCGCAUCGGUUUUGGUGUCGAUUUGACUGCAAAGAUUAUCAUGAGAAACAUCAAGCUGUGUGGGGCGGAGCAAGUGUGACACGUCCAACGGUCAUGGGAGCUCCUGCACCACCGACCAGCUGUAGGCACCGGUUGGAACGGGCUGAGACUGCACCACCAGUUUGA